AUUAGCAAUGGGGCUGGAGCUGGAGUUCCAUGGGCCCCAACUUUACUUCAGCCAAGGAUGGAGCAGUAGCAUUAUUCUGAAACACUCUAGAACCUCCAAGCAAAGGGCUGGAGCAAGUGUCACAGAGCAUUCUGAGGUCUCCUCAGCCCAGAUAGGGCCAGCAUUCUCCCCAAAGUGGUCCUCAUGUGGAUGCUGGCACUAGGUGGGGUUUUUCUGGCAGCUGCUCAGGCCUGUGUCUUUUGCCGCCUCCCAGCCCACGACUUGUCAGGCCGCCUGGCUCGACUCUGUAGCCAGAUGAAGGCCCAGUGGAAGCAAUGUGAAGCCUCCCCAGACUUUUCUGCCUUUGCCUUAGAUGAGAUGUCCCUGAACAAAGUCACAGAGAAGACUCACAGAGUCCUGAGGGUCAUAGAGAUCAAAGAGGCUCUCUCUUCACUCCGUUUAUAUUGGCAAUGGCUUCAAAAGACCAAGCUCCCUGAUUACACCAGGGAAGCUCUCUGUGCUCCCGCUUGCCGGGACAGCACUAUCCUGUACAACUGCUCUACCUGCCAGGGCGCUGAAGUGUCCUGCUGGCCGCGAAAGCGCUGCUUCCCAGGAAGUCACGAUCUUUGGGAAGCCAGAAUUCUACUCCUCUCUGUCUUCGGAGCCGUCCUGCUUCUGGGUGUUCUGAGCCUCGUGGUGGAGCCUUCCAUCUUCUCUCUUCCCUCAGGUCCCGCCACCUCCAAGUAAAAAGUGACUUGUAAAGAUGAGGACACUCCCCAGUCUCCAGCUCUAAGGAGUGUGUACCCAUAACCUCCAAGGAGCCCUUAAUCCCAGCCCCAAAGACACAGCCCUUAAAACUCAAACAUUUUCAUAAUCCCAUUGUCAGGAGGCCUCCAGAAACCCAUGCACCCACAGCUGGAAAGUUCUUCCCCUCCAGCCUUCGACCAAUCAGACAGGGCCCUCGAUGAUGCCAGGAAAACAGCUACAGAAGGAAAGAAUCCCCUACACACACAGCGCCAGUCCCACACCCCCUCUGCUUGUUCCCGGAAAGCAGGGGCUGUCUGUCCCAGAAGCUACUCUGGCCCCUCUUAUGACUGAUUGGGAAUCCGGGAAUGUGUGUUCUGGAAAACUCCCUCCCUCUGGAGUGAGACCACAUCAGUCAGUCCGCUGGCAUGCUCUCCCUCCAUUGUGCUUGCCCUGGCUUCCUCUGAGGCCUCCCUCCUUCUGGGCCCAAUUAAACCUGCAGUCCCUGGCUUCCA